CUAAGAUCUACGGGAAGAAUGAGUCUUCCAUCCGUGAAAUUGUGAAGAAGGAAAAAGAAAUUCGUGCUAGUUUUGCUGUCUCACCUCCAACUGCUAAAGUGACAGCCACAGUGCGUGAUAAGUGCUUAGUUAAGAUGGAACAGGCUCUGCAUUUGUGGGUGGAAGAGAUGAACAGAAAACGUGUUCCCAUUGACAGCAACAUGUUGCGCCAGAAAGCCUUGAGCCUGUACCAAGACUUCAGCAAGGGUUGCUCUGAAACUGACACCAAGCCAUUUACUGCGAGUAAGGGAUGGUUACACAGAUUCAGGCAUAGAUUCUCACAUCAUUACAAGAAGAAGAAGAAGGGGAUCAUGGCCCAAGUUGCAAUGUCCACCCUGCCCGUUGAAGAUGAGGAGUCCUCGGAGAGCAGGAUGGUGGUGACAUUCCUCAUGUCAGCACUCGAAUCCAUGUGUAAAGAACUGGCCAAGUCCAAAGCCGAAGUGGCCUGCAUUGCAGUGUAUGAAACAGAUGUGUUUGUCGUCGGAACUGAAAGAGGACGUGCUUUUGUCAAUACCAGAAAGGAUUUUCAAAAAGACUUUGUAAAAUAUUGUGUUGAAGAAGAAGAAAAAGCUGCAGAGAUGCAUAAAAUGAAAUCUACAACCCAGGCAAAUCGGAUGAGUGUAGAUGCUGUAGAAAUUGAAACACUCAGAAAAACAGUUGAGGACUAUUUCUGCUUUUGCUAUGGGAAAGCUUUAGGCAAAUCCACAGUGGUACCUGUACCAUAUGAGAAGAUGCUGCGAGACCAGUCGGCUGUGGUAGUGCAGGGGCUUCCAGAAGGUGUUGCCUUUAAACACCCCGAGAACUAUGAUCUUGCAACCCUGAAAUGGAUUUUGGAGAACAAAGCAGGGAUUUCAUUCAUCAUUAAGAGACCUUUCUUAGAGCCAAAGAAGCAUGUAGGUGGUCGUGUGAUGGUAACAGAUGCUGAUAGGUCAAUACUAUCUCCAGGUGGAAGUUGUGGCCCCAUCAAAGUGAAAACUGAACCCACAGAAGAUUCUGGCAUUUCCCUGGAAAUGGCAGCUGUGACAGUAAAGGAAGAAUCAGAAGAUCCUGAUUAUUAUCAAUAUAACAUUCAAGCAGGCCCUUCUGAAACUGAUGAUGUUGAUGAAAAACAGCCCCUAUCGAAGCCUUUGCAAGGAAGCCAUCAUUCUUCAGAGGGCAAUGAAGGCACAGAAAUGGAAGUACCAGCAGAAGAUUCUACUCAACAUGUCCCUUCAGAAACAAGUGAGGACCCUGAAGUUGAGGUGACUAUUGAAGAUGAUGAUUAUUCUCCACCGUCUAAGAGACCAAAGGCCAAUGAGCUACCGCAGCCACCAGUCCCGGAACCCGCCAACGCUGGGAAGCGGAAAGUGAGGGAGUUCAACUUCGAGAAAUGGAAUGCUCGCAUCACUGAUCUACGUAAACAAGUUGAAGAAUUGUUUGAAAGGAAAUAUGCUCAAGCCAUAAAAGCCAAAGGUCCGGUGACGAUCCCAUACCCUCUUUUCCAGUCUCAUGUUGAAGAUCUUUAUGUAGAAGGACUUCCUGAAGGAAUUCCUUUUAGAAGGCCAUCUACUUACGGAAUUCCUCGCCUGGAGAGGAUAUUACUUGCAAAGGAAAGGAUUCGUUUUGUGAUUAAGAAACAUGAGCUUCUGAAUUCAACACGUGAAGAUUUACAGCUUGAUAAGCCAGCUUCAGGAGUAAAGGAAGAAUGGUAUGCCAGAAUCACUAAAUUAAGAAAGAUGGUGGAUCAGCUUUUCUGCAAAAAAUUUGCGGAAGCCUUGGGGAGCACUGAAGCCAAGGCUGUACCAUACCAAAAAUUUGAGGCACACCCGAAUGAUCUGUACGUGGAAGGACUGCCAGAAAACAUUCCUUUCCGAAGUCCCUCAUGGUAUGGAAUCCCAAGGCUGGAAAAAAUCAUUCAAGUGGGCAAUCGAAUUAAAUUUGUUAUUAAAAGACCAGAACUUCUGACUCACAGUACCACUGAAGUUACUCAGCCAAGAACAAAUACACCAGUCAAAGAAGAUUGGAAUGUCAGAAUUACCAAGCUACGGAAGCAAGUGGAAGAAAUUUUUAAUUUGAAGUUUGCUCAAGCUCUUGGACUCACCGAGGCAGUAAAAGUACCAUAUCCUGUGUUUGAAUCAAACCCUGAGUUCUUGUAUGUGGAAGGCUUGCCAGAGGGGAUUCCCUUCCGAAGCCCUACCUGGUUUGGAAUUCCACGACUUGAAAGGAUCGUCCGCGGGAGUAAUAAAAUCAAGUUCGUUGUUAAAAAACCUGAACUAGUUAUUUCCUACUUGCCUCCUGGGAUGGCUAGUAAAAUAAACACUAAAGCUUUGCAGUCCCCUAAAAGACCACGAAGUCCUGGGAGUAAUUCAAAGGUUCCUGAAAUUGAGGUCACUGUGGAAGGCCCUAAUAACAACAAUCCUCAAACCUCAGCUGUUCGAACCCCGACCCAGACUAAUGGUUCUAACGUUCCCUUCAAGCCACGAGGGAGAGAGUUUUCCUUUGAGGCCUGGAAUGCCAAAAUCACGGACCUAAAACAGAAAGUUGAAAAUCUCUUCAAUGAGAAAUGCGGGGAAGCUCUUGGCCUUAAACAAGCUGUGAAGGUGCCGUUCGCGUUAUUUGAGUCUUUCCCGGAAGACUUUUACGUGGAGGGCUUACCUGAGGGUGUGCCAUUCCGAAGACCAUCGACUUUUGGCAUUCCAAGGCUGGAGAAGAUACUCAGAAACAAAGCCAAAAUUAAGUUCAUCAUUAAAAAGCCCGAAAUGUUUGAGACGGCGAUUAAGGAGAGCACCUCCUCUAAGAGCCCUCCCAGAAAAAUAAAUUCAUCACCCAGUGUUAAUACUACUGCAUCAGGUGUUGAAGACCUUAACAUCAUUCAGGUGACAAUUCCAGAUGAUGAUAAUGAAAGACUCUCGAAAGUUGAAAAAGCUAGACAGCUAAGAGAACAAGUGAAUGACCUCUUUAGUCGGAAAUUUGGUGAAGCUAUUGGUAUGGGUUUUCCUGUGAAAGUUCCCUACAGGAAAAUCACAAUUAACCCUGGCUGUGUGGUGGUUGAUGGCAUGCCCCCGGGAGUGUCCUUCAAAGCCCCCAGCUACCUGGAAAUCAGCUCCAUGAGAAGGAUCUUAGAUUCUGCCGAGUUUAUCAAAUUCACGGUCAUUAGACCAUUUCCAGGACUUGUGAUUAAUAACCAGCUGGUUGAUCAGAGUGAGUCAGAAGGCCCCGUGAUACAAGAAUCAGCUGAACCAAGCCAGUUGGAAGUUCCAGCCACAGAAGAAAUAAAAGAGACUGAUGGAAGCUCUCAGAUCAAGCAAGAACCAGACCCCACGUGGUAGACCUCUUCCCUCCUAGGGUAAAUCAGCUUCUGUGUCAGGGAUGCCGUGUGGUGUCCCUCUGAACCCCCUGCAUACGCGUAGCUAAUGUGAUCGCCCCACUUUCACAUAAGAUGGUGGCCCUGCCUUCAGGGAAUGUGGGAGCCAGGUGGGAGACUUCCCGGAUAUUUAAGCUAGAAGAUUCUACAGGGAGAUUCUCCUUGGAUCAAUAUAUGUCUCUCAGUCAAAGAUGUAAAAGCACUUUUGCCUUAAAAAGAAUGUUCUGUUUCUAAAUAGAGUAAACGUUGUCCUCCUCAUUGGAAUUCACUAUGAGUCAGAAUCAUUAGACUGACUUUUUUUUUUUCCAUAGUAAUAGUAUUUUGCAGAGUCUCACAGAGCUGCAGAUCUUUUGUUCAUCUUGCAGAGUUGAGUUAACAAGUCUGAUCCUGUUAUUCCAGAUUUCUUAAAUUUGGCCAAGUUAUAAUAGGAGCAGUAGCUUGAGACCCGAAGUCAGGAAACUUUGACAAUGGAUUUUUUUUUUUUAAUCCAGAGACUUGUACUGGAAUUUGCCUUACCCUGUCAGCUCAUGGACAUAAGGUUUCAUCCCGCUUUAUGAGUGCAUCUGAAUCCAAGUCAUUGUUACCCGAAUUUGCAAAUUGAGUUGUGAUAUUCGUGACUGUUAAAUUCCUGUAAUUAGAUUAACCUCUUUGCUUGCUUGUUUGUUUUCUCUCCUAUUUUAGCUUAAAGUAUCAGUGGUUGAGAAGAGCUUUUCGGACCUGUUACUACCCCAAGCUGUGUAAUAUACUUGUAUAACAGAAAUACCUUCUAUACAAACCUUUUUUUCUACUUUUAGAUAGAAAUGUCUACUUUUUCAGCAGUUCUGUGAAUUAAAGAGCAGAGUGACUGUGGGUCUGGAAUGGCUGGUGUACUUGGGAAUGUACUAUCAGGAUUUUACAGCAAUGCUGGGAAAUGACAGGGAAAAUGACAGGAAUGAAUCUCACCAGAUUUUUUAUGUACUCAGCAGAGCCUUGAGUUACGGUGUUUAUUUUCCAAUCAAGUGAAGAUAUCUCCUACUUCUCCUACUGGAACAUCUCAGCUUCUGCAAUGAAGAAAAAUUCCUGUGAUAGUUCAGUUCUUUAGUUUUUCUAUUUGAAAAAAAAAAAUCAUUUAAAUGAUCCUUUGUUCACGGCUCUCCUUAAUGACUGAGUGAACAGUUCCUAUCUGUAUAUUUGACUAAACCUUUUCCUAAGCUAUCUCUCAUGGUUCCUAUGUUUUUUUAUCAUAAUUAAAAGCAAAACCAUCUGGAUCACCUAACAGUCAGAGGUCAGUAUCUCAGCGUGUGAAUUAUAGAGUAAAUACAGAGAGAACCUCUUCCACUUUUACUUUUCGUCCAAAUAAAAUGCAUGGUGUACCAGAAGUUGAAGAUCGGGUUGAGGAUUGGGGCUAGCUCCAUGACACUAAGGCCCCAACAUCGCGGGACCUGCUGUGGCACGGAUUCUUAGGAACGCUGUUCUAGCCGGCCCCCUCUCCAGGGGUCGCCGUGGCCGGCAUUAUUUCCUAGUUCUUCUUGUAACCCUGAGGUGCCAGCGCGGGGAGUGAGGAGGGGUCAGGGGGCUAAGGGUGCAACUCUGACGUUCUGCGCCUUCCUAGGAGAGUCUUACAUGUGUUGAGAUUUCACAAGCAAUGUGAGUUGUAAAAUACCAGCUCUACAAGAAGCUAGGCUCUGUGACGGCAUAGUUUUCAGUAGCUUUAUCACAAUAUUCACAAUGGAGAAUUAUAUGACAUGGUAGCAGAAAUAGGCCCUUUUAUGUGUUGCUUCUAUUUUACCUCAAAUUGUAGAUAUAGGGUAAUCAAUAAAAUCCAUCCAUGCCUUUCACACACUAA